GCGUGAUGCCAGCACCACCUGUUCCACCUCUCCAUGACGAUGUAGCAUCAUGCCCAGGGUGGCAGGAGCUCUAGCUGGCCUCUGCCCUGUCUACAUGUGUGCAUGCAUGUGCCUGCACAUGGCUGCUAGCAAGAACAUGGGCUGCCUGCUUGCCUGUCGCUCUUGUACCAGGCCAUGACCCCCUCGGCUUGCUGGCCACUCCACAACAGACUUUCUCUCUGCAUCACCCUGUUAUGACCAGCCCAGAUCGGGCUCAAGGAUGAAGAGCUGGUCCUUGAUGGUAGCCUGGAUUUGUCUGACUGCGCUCCUUGCGGUGACAGGCAGCAGGUCUGAGACCCCAGGUCCCAGGUGGCCUCAUGCUUAUGAGCACCGUGACAAGUUGAGGAGGGAGAGGAGCUCACUGGAGCAGGCUUCUAAGCUCUCUUGCCCGGAUGGUCAGGUGCAGCCUCAAGGCACCCAGCACUGCUGCCAAAUGUGCCCACCAGGGACAUUCAUGGAGUCCCCCUGUGCCCACGCUGGUGAGGAGCCCACCUGCAGGCACUGCCCCACUGGCACCUUCCUCUCUGCCUGCAACACCAUGCUUGAGUGCCUCGCCUGCUCUGAGUGCGAUGCCCAAGUUUCCCAAGUUGUGCUGAAGAACUGCACUGCCACCAGCGAUGUGGAGUGUGGCUGUCAGCUGGGCUACUUCCAACGGUGCAACCAGCCUUCCUGUAAGGACUUCACCUGCACACAGUGUCGCCAGUGCCGGGGCAGAUCCACUCGCCGCAACUGUUCCUCCAGGGAGGACACACAGUGUGGGGACUGCCAGCCUGGCUUCUUCCUGGAGGGCAGCGAGUGCCAACCCUGCGCCAGCAAGGGCCUCGAGUGGUGUGGUGACAGCUGUGAGAAGACAUGUGACAGCCCCAACCUGCCUGCAGGAACCGGCCUGGAGUACCUCCUGCUGUGCCUCAUUGGGCCCCUCCUCCUGGGAGCUCUUGUCGCCUACCGCAAGAGGAGGCAGCUUAGCCAGGACACCUUGAGCACUGCAGAUGAGGCUGCAGUUCGAGACUUGAUGUUGCAGAAGGCUGAGCCGUGUUUGCCUGAUGCCACAGCCCCAAGCCUGGAGUCCCAGAACCUGCUCCAGCUGAACCUAACAGAGUCACUGCAGAUGAAUGGUGCUGCCUGGGCCGCUACUGCCUCCUGCAGCUUGUCCUCCAAGGAGCCCCACCAGGACGCACCAAGCCCCCCACGUGGCAGCGUGCUGCAGCCGGGCAGCCAGCUGUAUGACAUCAUUGAUGCGGUACCUGUCCGGCGCUGGAAGGAGUUCAUGCGUGUGCUGGAGCUGCGGGAUGCUGAGAUUGAAGUGGUGGAGAUGGAAUUCACCCAUGUCCGGGACCAGCAGUAUGAGAUGCUGAAGCGCUGGUGCCAGCAGCGGCAUGCCACGCUCAGUGCUGUCAUCCAUGCCCUGGAGCGCAUGGAGCUGUCUGGCUGUGCUGAGGAGCUCUGGCAUCGGCUUCAGUGCUUCUCGUGAGCCAGUGCCCAGCCCAUCACCCUUAAGUGACAGAGCCAGCCUGGAGGUGGGGGCUUGGGGAGCACAUUGAUAGAAAGGACUUGCUGCAUCCCUGGCAUUAGCUGGAUCAGGAGGCCCUGGCUUCCCCUUGCAGCAGGUGCUGGUACUCUGCACUGUGUUGUGAAAAAGGCUCAUGGCACAGCCAAGCCUGCGGCAGCCCCUCAACACUGCAAGGGCAAGAGGCAUGCAGGGAAGCACAGCAUAGCCUGCUCCCUGCCCUGGCCUUCCUAGAGACUUUCAGCUCCAACUCUAUAAACACUAGGACCACAGGAGCUCAGACCCUGCUCAUUUGCCCCCUGGACACAAUGCUCCCUGGGGGCCUCAGGGCUCACACACACCUGUGCCAGCUACCUUGGCACUUUGGCCUGCCUUAUUAGCCCUAAGCUAUGCCAGUGAACCCUUGAGCAUGCUCAGCUAGCUGCACAGGGGCCUGGUUCAGCACAGGGGCUUUGCCCCAGGUGCUCCCAUCUAGUGCCUCACUGACAGAGGCAAAUGUGCCUCACUGAUAGUGAUGAAGCAUAGGCAGGGUGAGCUUCCCAAUCUUGGGGGUGUUUGAUGAGAGCUCCGUCUGCCACAGGCCACUCAGGAGGUUGCUGGGGAGUGGGACAGACCCGUGGCUCUCCCAUAUUGCUCAGGGAGUGGCGCUCAGGCUGUGGGUGGGUGGGCAAGUGGGUGCUGUGUACCAGUAAGUAUUGUUACUUAUCCUCUGUAGACAUUUUAUGUCAGUUACUUGUGUUGGCUCUGCCCAGCAGUAGCAGGGCAGGGCUGGUGUGUUCUCAGCCAUCAGUAUGAUGGGACUGGACUGCAGUUCUCUGCUGGGGGUUCCCUGCCUCAGCCAGGGGAUGGGACAGCUGUUGGCUUUAUUUAUAUGCUUUGUGUUGCUGAAUGAUCAGAGCUGGGUUACAUCCGUGGAACCCAGGGCUUAGCCCUGCAGGGCAGGUGGGAUGGGGGAGGGAAAUUCCAGGGCUGGCAUCUCUGUGAGGGGUGGGGGGUGAUCAAGGAAAGCAUGCAAGAUGAUUGGGCAGGGGGUAUUUCUUGGUUGGUCUGUCUGGAAGAUAAAAGGGGAUGCCCAGCUCCUGUGGUAUCCAUUGUGGGUGCUGCAUCUCUUAUGGGAGUGUUGGGGCACAUGACAGCACCCUGGGACUCGGGGCUGGUGGGGGUGGCCUUGCUGUGGAGCUGCCUAUGGCAGAGGGGUACACUACACGCAUGAGGGAGGCACAUCAGUGCAAGGUCAGACAGUGAGAAAGGGUAGAAGCAGCUGAAAGAGGAACAGGGCCAGUGAGGCCCAGCAGCAGGUACCUGGAAUGGGUCCUGUGGCCAUGCCAGCACCUGGCUUAGGGUUGGACAAUUCCUCACCCCCAGCCUAAGGUGGAUCUUCCCCCUUAGCUGCUUCCCUGCUGCCCUCCCCUGUCUCCAAGCCUCCCCAGAACCCCUGAUCUAACAUGCUGGAGCAUUGGAUCACAUGCAAUAAAAUGGUCUGGACUGAGGUGAGCAACUGCAGCUAAUUUUGUUAAUGGUUAACUCCUGGUCUUGCUG